AUGGCCAAACGCACGUGUCUGGUGCUCCGUGCGCUACUGUGCCUGUGCGUGGCCACGCUGUUAACCCCAAUCGAUGGGUCCCAGGACAUCUUCUCCAUUCUGAAGCCGGGCAGUCCACUGGGGUCGGUCGGGCGGAAAAAACUUUUCGUCACACGAGUCGGCCAGUGUGUGGGGAAGAAAAAUCUGCCCGUGUACGUACCGGAUAUGCGCAUUACGGCACACAAUCGCACCAACUACGUUGUCAGCGGUGAGGUACAGUUCCGGGAGAACAUACCAGCGUAUCGGCUGUCGGUGGCUGUCAAGCAGUGUGAUGAUAUACGGACCACGGUCAAUUGCCGGCCAUUUCUGAGCAACAUCGUCAACACGGACGGCUGUGCGCUGCUGCAAGCAUCUGGUACGAUGUAUAACGAAUAUCUGCAAAACUUCCAACCGCCGCUCAAAUGCCCUUUUUUCAACGGGACGUACGUGAUGGGUAGAACGCUGGUAGAUGACGGUUUGGUCAAAUAUUUACCAGGCUCGGGAAGCACGUUUUGGGAGGUGCGAAUGACGGGUCGCGUAAAGGAACGGUUAAUGUUCUGCAUCGUAAUGCAGCUGAAUGUGAGACCGAAAAAAGCCAAUAACCGAAACGGAGCAGGAUAA